AUGCUGAAGAUGAUGACAUUUUUCCAAGGUCUUCCGGGCCAGCAGCCUGUGCCAGGGACCCUCGACUUACCCAGAAGCCCCCAAAAGUUGCCCUCUACGUCAGAGGCAGAGUCAGAGGCCUCCUCUGAGGACUUGGUGCCAUCCCUGGAGGCUGAGGUAGCCCGAGACAGGAAGGAGGAAAAGCUUUCCAAGAAGAAGAAGCCAAAGGGACUGGCCAACAUGUUCAGUGUCUUCACCAAGGGAAAGAAGAAGAAGGGCCAGUCGGGCUCAACAGAGCCGCAGGGCGAGCCUGAGCCCAGGCCAGGGCUGGAUGGCCCACUGCCCACAGUGGAGGAGCUCAAGGCGGCCCUGGAGCGCGGGCGGCUGGAGGCGGCGCGGCCGCUGCUGGCGCUGGAGCGGGAGCUGCAGGCGGCGGCGGCGGCGGGCGGCGCGGGCGAGGAGGAGCUGGUGCGGCGCCAGAGCAAGGUGGAGGCGCUGUACGCGCUGCUGCGCGACCAGGCGCUCGGUGUGCUGCGCCGGCCGCUGGAGGUGGCGCCCGAGCGGCUGCACCAGGCGCUGGCCGUGGUGGCCGAGCAGGAGCGCGAGGACCGCCAGGCGGAGGCGGAGCCGGGGACCUCGGCGCUGGCGGCCACGCGUCCGCGGCGCUGGCUGCAGCUGUGGCGGCGCGGCGUGGCCCAGGCGGCCGAGGAGCGUAUGGGCCGGCGGCCGGCCGAGGGCGCCGAGGGCCGCUCGGAGGCCGAGAGCGUCUUCCUGCACAUGGGCCGCACCAUGAAGGAGGACCUGGAGGCCGUGGUGGAGAGGCUGAAGCCGCUGUUCCCGCCCGAGUUCGGCGUGGUGGCGACCUAUGCCCAGAGCUACCACGAGUACUUCGCGGCCCAGCUGGCCGCCAUGGCGCAGUUCGAGCUGUGCGAGCGCGACACCUACAUGCUGCUGGUCUGGGUGCAGAACCUCUACCCCAAUGACGUCAUCAACAGCCCCAAGCUGGCGGCUGAGCUGCAGGGUGUUGGGCUUGGGAGCCUCCUGCCCCCGAAGCAGAUCCGGCUGCUGGAGGCCUCGUUCCUAUCCAACGAGGCGGCCAAUGUGAAGGAGCUGAUGGCCCGUGCCCUGGAGCUGGAGUCACAGCACUGGGCCCAGGAUGUGGCCCCCCAGAGGUUGGAUGGCCACUGCCACAGUGAGCUGGCCAUCGACAUCCUCCAGAUCAUCUCCCAGGCCCAGGCCAAGGCAGAGAGCAUCACCCCCGACUUGGGCGCGCAGAUAAAGCAAGUGCUGCUGGUGGAGCUGGCCGCGCUCCUGCGCAGCUACCAGCGCACCUUUGACGAAUUUCUGGAGAGAUGCAAAAAGCUGAGACAUUACAGGGCCAAUGUCAUCGCCAACAUCAACAACUGCCUGUCCUUCCGGACGUCCAUGGAGCAGAAGUGGCAGGUACCCCAGGAUCGCCUGAGCCUCCUGCUGGGCCCCCUGAGUGAGCUCAAGCGUCACGGCUUCGACGCCCUGCUCCAGAGCCUGUUCGCGGACCUGAAGCCGCUGUUCAAGAAGUUCACGCAGACCUACUGGGCAACCCCCGCGGAGACUCUGGAGAAAAUCAUUGCCACCGUGGGCGGAAGGCUGCCCGAGUUCUCAGAACUGCAGGACUGUUUCCGGGAGGAGCUCAUGGAGAGCGUGCACCUGCACCUGGUCAAGGAGUACAUCAUCCGCCUCAGCAAGCGCUGCCUGGUCCUCAAGACGGCCGAGCAGCAGCAGCAGCUGGCAAGGCACAUCCUGGCCAACGCCGAUGUCAUCCAGCACUUCUGCACCCAGAACGGCUCCGCUGCCACCUGGCUGCAUCCUGCCCUCCCCACGCUUGCUGAGAUCAUUCGCCUGCAAGACCCCAGUGCUAUCAAGAUCGAGGUGGCCACUUAUGCCACCUGCUACCCCGACUUCAGCAAAGGCCACCUGAGUGCCAUCCUGGCCAUCAAGGGGAACCUAUCCACCAGCGAAGUCAGAAGCAUCCGGAGCAUCCUGGAUGUCAACACAGAGGUGCAGGAGCCCUGCAGGUCCCUAUUUUCCCUGAUAAAGGUUGGUUAGCUUUUCCUGCAGCCUGACCUGCUCGUGAGCACCCAGCAAGCACCGGUACCACCCCACCUGGGGCAGCCACCCCACCUGGGGGAUGUUCAGACCAGCGCUUGCUCACGGCCGGCCCCUCAUGAGUCUCCAAAUUCUGCUGCUGCUUCUGCCUAGCCCUGUGGAGUGCAGGCCCCUGGGCAGCUUCCGUACCCAGUGGGGGCGGGGCACCCACUGUGGGAAGCCGACAGGACAGCACCUAAGAACCUCUCUGAAAACGGCAGUUGACUGUGUGCACACAGAGGGCAGCCGGAGGGAGAGUGUGGUCCUGUGUCCAGGGGACCCUUCUGCAGUCUGCCUCGUGGGCGGGUCUGAGCGCCCCUUCCAGCCCCCGAGGGCCUGGGCCGAGCUGCACCCAUCCUGCCUCCUUCAGCCCAGGCCCCGAAGAGCUGGGCUCGGCAAGUGUGGAAUCGAGGACAGACCUGGAAGGGAAAGAGGGAAGGAACUCUUAUCUGGGGCCCGGAAAGGGGCUUGUGCGCUUGUGGCGUGUUGGGAGCAGAGCCAGCAGCAGAGACACUUCCAGAUUGCCCCACGGCCCCUGCCGGCUGCCCCGGGGGCUCAGACCUUGACCCCUCCCUACAAUCCCAAGGUCCCAGGAGGCCUUGGUGUCCACCACGGUGGGGCCCAGGCCUCCUGGGUCUUCUCAGGGUUACCCCGCCCCCAUGCAGGGACAGGCACAGGUGCCUCCAUGGGCCCUGCCACCUGGACGUCUGGCUGAGGUCUGGGCAGGGGCAGGGCAAGCUCGACCUCUGACCCUUCGGCCUCUGUAUUAGUUUCCUCCUGCGGCUGUGACACACCUCCGCAAGCUGAGCAGGUCGCAGCAAGAACCUGUCUUACAGCGCUGCAGGUCGCAGGUCCCACACGGCUAAGAGCAAGGUGUCUGCAGAGCCUUCUGGGGGCUGUGGGGAGUUCAUUUCCUGGCCUUUACGUUCCUAGAGGCCCCUCCAUCUUCAGAGCCAGCAGGGGGUGGCUGAAUCCUUUUCCUGUCACCUCUGGCACCUCCCUGGCACCUCCUCUCCUCCCUCCCCCACUCUUAAGGACCGUUGUGAUGACGUCAGGCCUACCCAGAUAACAAGGUCAUCUCCCUAUUUUAAGGUCCCCGAUUAGCAACCUUAAUUCCAUUUGCUGCCUAACUUCCCGUUCGCCACGUAACCUAACGUGGUCACAGGCUCUGGGGACUGGCUCGUGGACGUCUUAGGGAGGCGUUGUCCCGCCCAGCGCGGCCUCCGCCCAUACCCUGUCCUGCAGGGCGCCUCGCUCUACUGCAGGAAAACCGGAGUCAGUUUCCCUGCCUGGCCUCUGCUGCCCUGCAGGCCCUGUGCUCCCAGGGCCCGAAAGUCCCCUCUCGGCACGGAAGGGGCAGUUCAGACUCAGGCAUGACGCAGCCUCGCUUAUGCCUUGGACUUCUUGGGCUGUCCCCUUUCCCCAGGUACUGCCUUACGGAGCUGUGGCCGGGGAUUGGCCAGUGUAGAUGACGCUCAAGAUCUCUGUACAUUUGUAGGAGUUAGCAUGUUUGAUGUUGUUAAUACUGGUUUUUUUCUUUUUUAUAUAUAUGUAUUUUUUCUUCCCACACCCACUCCCCUCAGUUAAUAUUGUUUUGAUAGUACUGCUUUUGUAUGUGUGCCUUCGAGACAGGAUCCAGAUUUUUAUA